CGUUGUUGUGUUGUUUGUGUCAGAUCUGUCAGGAUUAAAAUAAAAAUCUUGACGAUCGCAUAUUUUUUUGUGAUUUAUGAUAGUUGUGUUUAGUGUUUUGGACGCAGUUCUAUUUUAUAAGAAUAUUUUAGAUAUUGUGUUUAGUUAUAAUCGAUGUAUUGGAUUUUUUGAAACAGUUUGUGUACACAUGUGACCAAAUCGAUACAUUAAUUUGCGAGUUUAUCUGCAUUUCUGAGGAUUUUUGAAGGAUGAAUCAGCCGUAACUUUGCCGGAGCAGUAUCUCCAAACAGCCACCAUGGAGGAGCGGGAGGCGGAGGGCCCGGGCGUGCCCGACAUGACGAUGAUGCCUCAGAUCACCGAGGACGCCAUCAACGACAACCUUAAACGCCGCUACAGACACGACCUUGUAUAUACAUACACAGGUUCAAUUCUAGUCGCAGUGAAUCCCUACAAGGAGCUGGGAUGUUACACAACGGAGCACAUGCAAGAAUUCCGAGGCAAAGCCUUUGGGAACCUGCCGCCGCACGUAUUUGCUUUAGCCGAGUCCGCCUAUAGCUCGCUACGGAAUGGUGAGAAAAACCAGUCCGUAGUGAUUUCGGGGGAGAGCGGUGCUGGCAAGACGGAGACGACGAAAUUGAUACUGCAGUACCUUUGCGCUGCCGGCGGCCAGGCCACGUGGGCGGAGCAACAGAUUCUUGAAGCCAAUACGGUUUUAGAAGCCUUUGGCAACGCGAAAACAGUCCGCAAUGAUAACUCCUCUCGCUUCGGUAAAUUCGUGGAGGUGCGGCUCGACAACCGAGGAGGCAUUCGCGGCGCGGUGCUCCGUGACUUCCUCUUGGAGCGAGCUAGGAUCACCGGCCCUUCGCCUAGGGAGACCAACUACCAUGUGUUCUAUCAGCUGGUUGAGGGCGCGAAGCACAACGCCGAACUACGAACAGCCCUCCGUCUCCGCGACGGAGUUCAGUUCAAAUACCUUCGACCGGAAGACGAGGACCCUCGCAAAGGGCUAGGCGGCGAGCAAGGAAAGUUGGAAGCUCUACAACUGGCCUUAACAGUUCUACAAGUGCCGCUGCAGAUGUGCGAAGGACUAUUCAAAGUGCUGGCAGCGGUGCUGUGGCUUGGGAACAUACAGUUUCAGGAUGUAGACGGAGAACGCAGCGCCCUAGCACCGGAAGAUGCGGAAGCAGUGGACGCGGUCGCGAAUCUAUUGGGUCUGGCGCAACCUACCGCGCAUAAAGUUCUUCUAGAACGACAGAUCAACGUGCGGGGCAACGUUACAGACAUCCCGCUGAGGUUACAUGAGGCUCGUGAAAACCGUCACGCCAUGGCGCGAGCGCUCUAUUCGCGCACAUUCGCGUGGCUGGUCCGGCACGUGAACAGCUGUUCGGCGCCGGGCCGCGAGGCGCCGCGCUCGCUGGGCGUGCUCGACAUAUUCGGCUUCGAGAACUUCGCCUCCAACUCGCUCGAACAGCUCUGCAUCAACUACGCCAAUGAGAAGCUUCACAUGUUCUUUAAUAACUACGUGUUCGCGCUGGAGCAAGAAAUUUAUCGCCAAGAAGGCAUAGUGUACAACCAGAUCCAGUUCACCGACAACGCAGCCUGCCUCGAGCUGCUGGAAAAACCUCCGAGAAGUUUGCUCAAACUGCUAAGUGAGCAGUGUCAUAUGCCUAAAGGCUCCGAUGGCGCAUAUCUUACAAAUAUUCAGGGUGAAUUCGGCGAGCAUCAAAGCUUCGUCAAGGGCUCUCGCCGCAAAUGGGAAGAAGAGUUUGGCGUUCAGCACUAUGCGGGCACUGUAUGCUACAGCGUGCAAGGUUUUGUGGAUAAGAACAGAGAUACACAACAGGACGCGUUUAUAGACCACUUGAGCCGAUCGGCGAAUCCCUUCGUCAGGGAAUUGGCUGAUUACGUCCAGGAUCUGGCGCCUCCUGGACAGGAUCUAUCGCUCUCAAGUCCAAGCUCAAUGGGCACUACUCAGCGAGGGACGUCCAAAGGUCGGCCGACUGUUGUGGACACAUUCAGAGCACAACUGCAGUCGCUAGUUGACAUGUUACAAGCCACCGACGUGUGGUACGUCCGUUGCAUAAAACCGAACGAGAACAAAGAGGCGGGCACAUACAACGACCAACUAGUGCUGGAACAACUGCGUUACCUCGGCAUGAACGAGAUCGUGCGCAUCCGCCGCGACGGGUACCCGGUGCAUCUGGCCACGGCCGCCUUCCAGGCGCGCUACCGCUGCCUGCUGCCGCAUCCGCGCCGCCAGUCCGACGUGCAAACUAUAAUGUCAGUUGUGAGCGCGCCUCAAGGUGACUGGCAGAUCGGUCACACGAAAAUAUUCAUGAGAAGUUCUGUCCACAUACCGCUGGAAGCCAAAAGGACACAUUUGCUUCAGUCUUCAGCGUUACGGAUACAAAGAUGGUACAAGGGCUCCGUGAAGCGUCGCCAAUACCUCCAAUGGCGCAACGCAGUGAUCGUGCUCCAAGCGGCGUGGCGCGGUUGGAAGGAGCGAGCCGCUUUCCUUCGACUACGCCGCGCUACUUUAACACUGCAGAGGCACUUGAGAGGCGCCUUCGCGAGGGAAGUGGCAGCCGCGCUGAGAGAGAUGAAGCGAGUCAACCAGGAGAUCAAACUGAGGGAAGAGAGGAACAGCCUGGCAGAGAAAGCGGACCAGGAGCGAGUCGAGCUGGAGAACAUGGCCGACCAGCUCCGCGGCCUCGCCAACCCGAGCGGGCGCGUGGAUUCCGUCAACCUGGACAACCUGUUCGACUUCGCCGACGUGCCGGCGCAGCGCGGCGCGCCCGACGGCCAGCCCGCGCACCAGCCCAGCAUCGCCGAGAUCGGGGACUCCAUGGAGCGGCUGGCCGAGGACCUGCACCAGGAGCUGGAACAUGUACUGGCUGCCGAGAUGAACGAACUGAGCAAAUCCACUACCGAAGCGCAACGCAAACCAGACGGCGCGCCGUCAGACGCCAUACCGCCCCCACCGCCCUCUUCCCUCGCCCUAACCUCCAUCCUCCAGCCGUCCACUCCCGUAUCCGGCACCCCCAUGAACGGCACCAACGUCAUGACUGCCUCUAUGAACGGCACAUCGAACGCGAUGACGUCGUCGAUGAACGGGCCGAUGUCGACGUCGAUAAACGGCGCGAUGACGUCGUCGAGCGGCAGCGACAUGCUGUCGGCGAGCCUGCCGCCGCCGCCGCCGGCCGAGCCGGUGCCGGAGUCGCCGGUGUUCCCGCCGCCGCCCGCCUGCUCGCUGCCGGAGCCGGCCGGCCCGCCGCCGCCGCCGCCUCCUCCUCCAGGAGUUAAAGAUACAACUCCGCCGGAGCUCACAAACGGCGUAAUACCGAAUGGAAAACUGUCGGUACUGAACGGCAAAGAACCGAUAUAUGAGGCGGUCAUACCACGCCCGAACGGAGAACCCGAGCCGGCGCCGCCGCCACCGAUGCUACCCCCAGAAAACGGAUUCUCAACGCGGGAGCCCGAACCUGAACCCGCGGCCCCUCUACCGCCGCUACCAGUUCAAAAGACGCCACAGCCCAGACCUCCUAACAUCAUGACUAGCAGCAUGACGUCACAGAAGCUCCCGCCGUCGAUGACCAGCAGUAUGACGUCACGCAAGUCUGCCACGCCGCCUCCGCCUGUACCCAUGGAUACCUGCAUGAGCCCGCCGAAUAUGAUGAACGGGGAGGCUAAUAGCACUGAGCGCAACGCGCGUCGCAAAGAGCGCGUCGAGCGUCGCCUCCACCAAAUGGAAGCCGCCGCCAGCCCGCCUCCCUCCGCCGUUCCCCCCACCACCCCGCCUGCAGAUACCACCAACGACCUCAGCGAGUUCGCCAAGCUGUACUUCAAUGAUCACCCCAGGUCGCCUGAAGGUACAAUAAUAGCAACGCUCACACGCAAGAGCAAAUCCAUGGAGCUGCUCACCAAAGAGGAAAUGAUAACGUAUCACAAAGGAAACAACAUUCCCACGUCACACAUACAACUGCACGACCCGGACAGUGUCACGGCCGCCGUCAACAUAUUCCGCGACUUGUGUCGGUAUAUGAGAGGAGAGUUAACCGCGGACAAGGAGACGCAAGUGAUCCAAGCUUUGAUCGGCAAGGGCUUAGAACGGGAAGAGUUGAGGGAUGAAAUAUUAGUGCAAUGUGUCAGACAGAUUACCGAAUGUCCGGUCGAAGAAUGGGCGGAGCGAGUAUGGCUGAUCCUCUGCCUGUGCGCCGUUGCCUGGCAACCGUCUCGCGGCCUCUCGCGUUACUACUGCGCUUGGUUACGACAGCGGGCACGUGUGUCCCCUUCAGCGCCUGCGGCUCGGGCGGCGCAUUGCGCGCAGUGGUGCCUUGAUAACUGUCGAGGCGCCGCGCCGAGGUUGUUACCACCCAGCACUGUAGAAAUUGCGGCGAUGCGGCGACUCGGCACGAUAGUCUGCCGCUUCUUCUUCCUCGACGGACGCACUAAAGCCAUCGACGUACACCCGGCCGACACCGCAGCGGCUGGCGCGCGACUCGCCGACAAGCUGGGACUCGCGCCGCAUUCGACCGGCUGGGCUGUGUACCAACAGCGGGGGAAUCGGGAGGAGCAUGUGCGGGCUACGCACUAUCUGUAUGACGUCAUCGCUGCGUGGGAAAUGCAACAAGGUCCCGGCGGUGGUUCUGCCGAUAACCGCUUCGUGUUCAAGCGACGCCUCUUCCGCGGCGGACGCGAGCUACCGCACGACCCCGUCGAAGUGGCUUUACUCUACGCACAGGCCGUGCAUAGUGUUGUCAAGAUGGACGAGUUCCCAGUUAGCGAGAAGGUGGCCUUGCAGCUAGCAGGACUCCAAGCACAGGUGUCGCUGGGCGAGCCGCCACCAAGCCCGCCUCCGCCGCACACGCGCGCCUACUAUGCUCACCCCGACCAGUUCUUACCGCAGCGGGUAGCGCGCGCCCGCCCACAGCACCAAUGGGCCACAAUUCUGGCUCAAGCACACCGGCAAUUUGGCGCCGGGCGAGCAGAGCUGACAGCCAAAGCUCUGUACCUGUCCUGCGUCAUGCAAUACCCCCUUUAUGGAGUCACUCUCUUCCCUGUCACGUACAAAGGAUACUGGGCGCAUGGUCCCAACGUUCUUCUGGGAGUGGGCGCCGAAGGCGUCGUUCUAGUUCGUCCAUCAGACAAGGUGGCGCUCGCCGAGUACCCGUACAGCAACAUCGCGGCGCUGGUCAUGGACCCCGUGGACAACGGGCUCACCAUCAGCCUCACGCACCACGGCCAGCACGACGGACACCGGUGCAUAGUCCUCGAGUCGGCGCAGAAGAACGAGGCGGCGUGGCUGAUGGCCGCCUACAGCCCGGUGCUCGCCAACGGCCUGGCCGACGAGCCGCCGCGCCGCGCCGCGCCCGCCUCCGAGCGGUCACGCUUGGCCGCCGCGCUCAAGAGCGCGCGCAGGGCGCUUGUCGACUCUGGCAUGCUUCGUCGACCUACUGAAGUCUCAGCUGGGAACUUCUUGAGAAAUACGCUAAGAAGGCUGAGCAAGCAUCGACUAGAACGGGUGCGACUAGACAUGGCCGCGGAAACACAAGGAGAGUGCUACAAGGGCUUCCCGGCCGGCUACUGGUGCUGGUCGCGCUCGCUCCCGCACAGCCUCACCAAGCUCAACGAGGCCGAGGAGGUGGCCGCCAUGCAGAUAUUCAAGGAUAUAAUGAGCCACGCAGGCCUGAACACCAACGAGGGCAGCACGACGAACCUGGCGAACAACAACAGCGUCAGCAGCCAGGAGAGCGAUAGCGACGACCGAGUAGCUCUAGCCCAGUCCUUACUACAGCGAUGCUUACAGAAGGACACAUUGCUCAGCGAACUUUAUGUCCAGCUCAUCAAGCAGACGACCGACCAUCCGGAGCCGUCAUCGCGCGUGUCGGCGCGGCACUGGGCGUUGCUAUGCGCGGCCGUGGGUGCCGCGCUGCCGCCCACCAAGCCCGUGCGGCGACUGCUAUUAGCUCACCUGAGAUAUCGUGGUACCGCGUUGCACGCUGGCGAGGAGGGCAAGUUCGCGCGCCGCGCUGAACAGGUGGCUUUAAGCAUAGCACAAGUUCCUCGAAGAGCGGCUGCACCCUCCAAAGAAGAGUUAUUAUGCGCGGCAGCCAGAAGGCCGUUACACGUACGAGUGCUAUUACUGGAUGGAAAACAACUUGGACUUGUGUUCGGGCCGGCUGCUACCGCCGACCACCUAGUGGCCAUGCUGCGUGAAAAGAUCGGCCUCAGUGAAUCCGCUACAGGGUACGCGCUGUACGAAGUGUGCGCGAACUCGACGCCGGCGGGCGCGGGCGAGCGCGCGCUGGGCGGCAGCGAACGCGUGGGCGAUGUUCUAGCGCGCUGGGAGAAGGCUGGAGCCACCGCUGCUGCCUGCAGGCUAGUUUUCAAGAAACGGUUGUUCCUCGGCGAGCGGCCACUUCACACGGCGUGCGCGGCUGAAAUGGAGCUGUUGUACUACCAAGUGCUGCACUCUAUACGACACGAUCGCCUGCCCAUCGAGACUGACGAAGCGGUCAUGGUAGCAGCCCUUCACGCGCAAGUAGUCGGUGGCGAGUGCGCUGGCGGCGGCGAAGAGUGCGCCGCGGCAGCAGCGGCCGUGCUACCAGCAAGGAUCGCCCUACCAGCACCAGCUGUGAGGCUACACCAUCUGGCUUUGCGUGGAACCCCGCCGCAUGCAGCCAUGCAACGCGCGCUUACCCUAGCGAGCUCUUGGCCGCUUACCAGGGCCACUAUCUUUGACGUUAUGCAAUCAUUCACAUCGAACUGGCCCCGCGCGCUCUGGCUAGCCGUUGACGCGCGCGGGCUGACCCUGCUCCGGCGGGGCUCUCGCGCGGCGCUCGUGUCGCACGACCACGACCAGCUGCUGGCCGUGUCGCCCGCGCCGCGCGCGCUGCUGCUCGUCACGCGCGCCGAGCGCAAGCACGCCAAGCUCGUGCUGUCCACAGACCAGGCGUACCAGAUAGCUACUCUCAUAAAGGACUACAUCGAGGCGGUGCGCGGGCCCGUGUCGCCCGCCGUGCCGCCGCCCGCCGACCCGUGCGGCGCGGCGGCCGCGGCGCGCGCGGCGCCCGCCUCGUGACACCCGGCCGCCUAGUGCCAGUGCUUCCACGUCCGCCAGUGAACUGCACGCCGAGCCGGCAAGCCUUAUACCUGAGAUAUGAGGCUUGCUCGCGAUCGCGUGUGCCGACGGUUGAGAGGUGGCGAUAUUGCUGACCGAUUGUAGACUGACUGAUGAUGGUGUACGGUUGGUCAGUGUGUCGAUGCUAGUGCGAGCGGGUUGCGGUUUGGCUGAUCGUUGAUACGGUGUUAUCGCACGUAUAACUACAGGUACAAUGCGCUUCGGUCUUCUUGAUGACCGAAGUAUGUUAGGUGUUUGGUAGAACGAAGGUCUAGAUUGACGUUGGCGUGAGAUGCCCUUCGAAAACCCACUAAGAAAACUUUCGAUGUAACUUAUAAACUGGUUCUACUGUGAAUGAUCUUUUACAAUAUGUUAGCUAAUCUUUUUUUCGAAAUGUAAAUUAUGAGCUUCCGAUUCGCGUCAUAAUGUCUUCCGUUAGUUAUCGUAUUAUUCGAAUAUCGAUAUUGUACGCGGCAGCCAAACCUUUCAAACCCCAACUUAGCACUAAUUUUAUGUAAAGUAGCUAAGUUGGUAACUACUCCUUGUUAGCUCCUUCCUCCUUGGUUAGUUGAGAGGAAAGAUUAGAUCAUUCGAGGAGUAGUUUCGCUCGUAAAGCCCGAAGAUGUUAAGCCAUGACGGAGAAGUAAAUGUCGAACUCACACCUGAACGAUAAGGAAUAACCUUACUGCUAUAGCAGAAGGUUUACAAUACGAAAAAUACGAUGCUAAAAAAGUUUACUAAGUUGGUUGCAAAACUAUAUUUUAAUAUUUAUCUAAAAGCAUAUCAACGAGACAGUGUAAAAUCCACAUUUACUUCAGAUAACAGCAGGCAGGUACAGUGGUGUUCGGUUUCGAGUGUCAGGAUGGACGAUUUCAGUUACCAGAAGACGGGGAAGCAAACAAAAUUAACCAUAGUAUACAGUAAUCUAAAACGCUAAUUUACCCUCAUUUAAUCCUAACAGCCAAUGUAGGAGUUUGUGACGAGGGGUGCGGGUAAAUUAACAGAUAUUACGGAUCAUAGAAUAACCAUAAUCAAUCCAUUAAAUAAAAUAGAAAUAAUAUUCCACUACCCAUUUCCUAACAUAAAACUGCCAGUAUUAAUGCUGUUAAAAUUAAAGGUGUUACUAAUUAAUGUUGCAGUUUAGACUUAUUGAGUGUUAAAAAUUAUAUUCAAAAGUUAAUAGAUAGCGUAAAGUUAAUCUAAAUCUAUCCCUUCUCUGUGUACUGUAAGCUGCUCGUAUCGACAUUUUACCCUUUAGCUAAGCUACUUAUACUGUGCAUUUUGUGACCUAGUAAAAUAUACAUUUAAAUUAAUUAUAUUACUCAUUGAUAUAGUUGCUCAUGUAACGGUAAUGGCGAUACGAUUUUACUCAAUUUUCUUAUCGUUAUCGCCUCUCAAUAGUAUAAGAUUAGAUGUUAUAUGGCCACGAAAUGUACUCCAUAAGUAAAUUUAUUCACCGACAUUGCUUAGCAAAAUAACAAGCAAAUAGGUGUUAUUUAAUUAAAUUCCAAAUGGAAUGAAAUAUUGCUAUAUGUAUACCCGUUAGCUUAAAUUCUAGCUAAUCAAUGGUGUUUUAAAUAAACGUAACAUCAUCUAAGUAAAUGUUGAUGCUAGCUAGUGUAACCUGUCUAAUAUAAUCCAACCCACAAAAUUCUCUUACAUCUAAAGGUAAUGUUAUAGGUAAAGGUAGUUUCUCACCUUCUCAUAUCACUCUAUUACUUGUAUACUUCUUUAGGUAUAGCAGUUACUAGGUAUCCUCGAGCCACCAUGUUAUGAUUUUGUCAAAAUGAUUGCAAUGCUAUCGUUCAAUGAAAUGGGACUAAUAUGAGAUCUUUUUAUAAGUUCCUGGGCUAGAGGAUCACAUAUUUCUAUAAUCACCUGGCAUUCUGCUGCACUAGAAAAUGAUAACUGAAAUCUUUUCUAUUACUGCCUUUUCAAAUCUAAGUUGAUCAAACUAAAACAUUUUUAGGCAUAAUCAAACCCUUGCCAUCGAUCGAUUCGGCACAUUGUGUCAAUGUUCAUUUUAAAAAUUCAAUGCUAAUUUUCGUCACAUAUUAGUGGCUCAUUUAUCAUAAGGAUUUAUGAAAUCCGCCUUUACUAAAUUAUAAAGUAUUUUUCAUAAAGUGUUCGCAAUGAUCGCUUUUCAAAAGUAUAUGGAUCUUUUGAUUCAAUUUUAUUGAUAGCGCAAGAAUAUCUUGACAUUGGUUUACAAUAUCAAAAAUGGGCAUUAAUAUUAUAUUCGCAUAAAUCUCUUGAUAUCUUGUGUUGUGCCUUGAACAAGCAAGAAUAAUGAUGCUAAUAUCCACCUGGACCACAAUGUCUGAGGUAUGUCAGUAGCCAUUAUUCUAGCGACUUAUAUUCAGUGAGCGACUUGUGCAAAUUUAUUGUGACUGCGAGAUAAUUACUUAUUGUUUACAAAUUAUAUAGCAUCAUCUAUUAUUAUACUAUACUAAUAUGCACAAUGUUAUAAAUCAAUAUUUUAUGGUUAUACAUAAUAUAGAUCUAAUUAUGAAUUUCAUGCUAAUGACUAAUGACCCUAGGGUAACAUACACUAGCUUAAGGCUCCAUACUCUCCUUUAGUUGAGUCUCACAUAUUAGAGGUUAAUUCUCAACAACGUCACUCAACGCUUGCGCUAUGUUGACUGUUUAUCAGUUUUGUACUGGUUUGCUUACUUGUAUUUCUGAUCUCAUAAUGAGUAUUAUUUAUUUAGAGGCCAUAUUGCGUUGUAAUUAAUAGUUAUUUUUCUAAGAUUUAUUUAUUGCGAUUAAUGUACAUAUUUGAGAGAAACAAGUAAACCAAAGAUUUUGAAUCAUCCCUUUGGAUAUUUUUAGUUUUGACAAAUUUAAUUACAAUUUAUUAUUUAAUAUUACAUUUUGUAUAUAAAAUUAUCAUUAGAAUGAUAAUCUUAACGACGUAAAGUUGUCUUUACAUUAUAGGAGGUAUUUAAAGCAGUAGGGCUAAUGCAACAUUUGGCAUUCAACAGAUAUAGUUAGCUUCAGCUUUUAAUACUCACUAGAAUUGUUUUUGCAUGCAUCAGUUUCAUGCUCUGCAUUUAUUGGAUAUAUUAACUUAUUAAGGUAAAUUGUAAUGUUCAGUGCUGUUAGUGAUGACAAUAUUUCGUAAUGGACUUGUUUCUUUAUAGGUUUAAGAUUCUAAUUAUAGAACUAACAUGACCUAGGUUUUGCGUGACUACCGCACUGUACUGCCCAAAUAGACUGAAGUGUCCAAAUAUUUCCUUUUUGAUAUUUGAUAAAUUGUUUUGUUACAUUAUGUAUGGUAUUUUACUCCAUGAUUUGAAUGCCAAAUAAAUAAUAAUUGAUA